AUGUCGGCCCUUGGCCGCUGCGGCGCGGACCUCUGGGGGCCCGCAGAUCCAGUGGGCCUGGAGCGCGCGUCCUCGACCCGGCUGGGCGGGCCCAGGCUGCGGCGAGAGCCGGUCCUGAGUGCGCGGGUUCGAGCGCCUACCGCGGAGAGUGAGGUUUAUGCGCCCUGGCAGACGCUGCCGCCACGCUGUUCGCCCACUUCACUUGGGAGGCACCAGGACGCCAGCUCGCGGUGGGAAAGCCGCAGCCUGACCGACGUGGUGACCCAGAGAACCCGGGUUCGUGCGCAGAAGCAGCGACCCCUCAGCCUCCUGGAAAAUGCCUGGGGCGAGGUAAUGGCUGGGCCCCAGCACCUGGGAGAUGGUGGUCAUGGUCUCGUCUGGCAGCCUUUGCAGGGACACCAGCCUCUGCCCUGGAAUGACUACCCUCCAGCCCAUGGAGACUCGCCCGCAUCGAUCCCCCAGGGAACGUACAGUUUCCUGAGUGAAACGUUAGGAGCUGAAAAAGCACCAAAUGUAAAACAAUGGGCAGAACCCCUCUGUAGACGCCUCGGUGGUUCGUCGCUCUCAUCCAUUCCCACGGAGAAGUCCUCUGUGCUUUCCAAAGUGAGCACACAGUCGGCCACCGUGUACCCCCCGGGCAGUGGCAGGGCUGAGUUGAUGGAGUCCCUGGCCAGCCAGUACUCCCAGCUGGACGGCAGUUCUGGGCCAGGCUCCAGCGAGGAGGUCCUAAGCCAGCACUCCCAGACCCUCAAGAACAAGCUGGCAGAGGCGGUUUUCUCCUCCAGGGACCAGAAGAUAGUGGCCCUCGUGCUAGCCCGUCUCCAGAAGGCCCAGAAGAUGCGGGACCUGCAGCGGCAGGCUGCAGUGGCCUGGGAGGAGCUGAAGCGCUCUGACCAGAAGGUCCAGAUGACCCUGGAGAGAGAACGAAGGCUGCUGCUGCAGCGGAGUCAGGAGCAGUGGAGGCAGGAGAAGGAGCCGCCCACAGCGCACCUGUGCCUGGAACAGCAUAUCCGCAAGGAGAGACAGGCAAGGAGCCGGGGGACCAUCGCCGGGAGGAACCAGCAAGAGGGCCUGGAGCAUCAGCCUAGUGGGAAACCGGAAAGGGUCCUUGCGCAUGCCCAGCAAGAGGAGCAAUGCGGGGUGCAGCCACUGAAGGAGCAGCCGGGAGUGCAGGCGCGGAACUGCCGGCAGCUGCAGAGGAGGCUGGAGCAGGCUGGCCGCACGACGCACCUGAACGCCAUGGAGGACCUGAAAAAGGCCCACGAGAGCAACCUGACCUCCAUUGUCAACUACCAGGCUCGCAAGGUCCUCAUGGACUGCCAGGCCAAGGCUGAAGAGCUCCUGCGUAGGCUGUCCCUGGAGCAGAGGCACCACCAGGCCCACCAGUGCCUGGUUAGGGAGCGUCACCAAGAGCUGAGGGAGAAGGACCAGGAGGCCAGGAAGCGGGUCAAACCUCAAGAGCAAAGGAAAAUGUACAAGAGGAUGCUGAAGGAGCUGGCCAGGACUAAGGCCCACAAGAACGUCAAAGAUAUGGUGGGACAAAUUGAGGACUUAACGGACCUGCAGGAGAAGAAUCACAUCCUGAAGCUGAAGGCCGAGAAGGAGGACAAGUGCCACAUCGAGGGCAUCAAGGAGGCUAUUAAGAAGCAACAUCAGAGGAUGGAACAGCUCUCCCGAGAGAAAGUGGCAGCCCUGGAAGGCUUCCAGAAGAUCUCUAACACCUCUUUACAAGUGAGAGGCAAGGGGGGUGCCCAGCACAGCAGCUCCAUAGAGCGGUUGCCAUGGGAGCCUCAGCUGGGUGCAGGCCAGGGGAGAGGUAGCUACUGA